CCCGACUGGCUGCUGCCGCUCGUCGAGCAGGUGCGCGCCUCGCUGGGGGUGCCGUUCAACGCGAUCCUCCUCCGGCUCUACAUGGACGGGGCGGACGAGAUCGCAUGGCACACGGACGGGCGCACCUUCCUCGGCGAGCGGCCCACGAUCGGCUCCCUCUCGCUCGGCGCGACCGCCUCCUUCCAGCUGCGGCGAAUGCGCAACCGCGACCUCCUCCUCGCCGACGGAGACCUGCUCGUCAUGCACAGCCCCACGCAGAGGCACUGGCACCACCGCGUCCCC